AUGAAAGAACAAGAAGAAAACAACGUGACACUUAAUAUUUCAGAUAUUUCAAAAGAAAAUGAUGAAGAACCCAAUGAUGAAAUUAUAUUUUUUGACAUAAAUAAUAGUAUAAAUCAUCUUACAGGGAAAGAAUUUUAUUUUUAUUCAAAUAAUGAUGUAUAUAUUUAUAAACAAAAUAAUCCUCAUGAAUUUUUAAAAGACACGUCGUCCAUGAGGGUUGAGGAUGAAACAUGUUCUUCACAACAAGAUAAUGAAAAUAAUGAUGAGAGUGAUAAAAAUGAAGAAAGUGAUGUAAAUCAUACAAGUGAUGUAAUUGAUACAAAUGAUGUAAUUAAUACAAAUGAUGUUAUUCAUACAAGUGAUGUUAUUCAUACAAGUGAUGUUAUUCAUACAAAUGAUGUUAUUCAUACAAAUGAUGUUAUUCAUACAAAUGAUGUUAUUCAUACAAAUGAUGUUAUUCAUACAAAUAUUCAAAAUAAAUAUUGUAAACUUAAAGAUUAUAAACAUAAAUAUAAUAAUAAUUCUGUAAAUAACAUGAACAACCUAAAUAGUAACGAUGAUAAAGUGAAUAUAAGAAACGUCGAGACAAAUAACUUCAAAAAUAAUAAACAUAUUAAUAAUAACCAUAAUAAUAAAAAUAAAAAUUCAAGGAGUACUCAUGAUACAUCUUUCUUUUCUGAUCAUUUCAAAAAUAACAAUCAUCUAGAAGAUAAAGUAAAAUUCGUUUUCUCACAAGAAUUAAAUAAAGUGAAUGAUAUUUUUAACGUUGAAGAGAUUAUGAAAAUUAUUAAUAAUUUAAAUUCUAUCAGAAUAGAAAUAGAAACAACCAUAUAUAAAAAAUUAGAAAAGAAAUAUAAAAAUUUUCUUCUUAAUACUAUUAAAAUUAAAGAAAUAGAUUCUGAUAUUACAAAUAUGAAAAAUCAUUUAUCUAAUAAUUUAAAUCAAAUAAAAUUGUUACAAGAACAAAAAUAUAAAGAGAAAUUACAUAUUAUAGAUUUAAUUUCUAAAAAAAAUAUAUAUAAACAAAUUAAUUUACUUUUAUUAAUUAUAUUUAUUAUAUCUAAUUACGAUAUUCUAAUUUUUAAAAAUAUUUUAAAAAAAAAUUUUGAAUUUUCAUCUAUUACUUUUUAUGAAUUAUAUCAAUUGAUUAAUUAUAACAAUAAAUUGUUACAACACAUUACAUGUGUAAAUAAUUUAAAAGAUAAAAUGUUCUCAAUUUAUUUUAAUAGAAUAAAAGAAAAUAAUGAAACAAAUUUUGUUCAGUUUUUAUUUUCAGAUGAUUCAAAAAAAAAAAAUCAAAUAAAUAUCAAUGAAUUCUUAACAACAUUAUUAAAAAUUUAUUAUUUACUUUUUAAAAUAAAACCAUUUAAUUUUAUAGAUAAUUCUUUAGUAUAUAUGUAUCAAUUUUUUCAACAAAUAUCUAAACAAAUUGUUUUCUCAUGUUUUAUGGGAAAUAUGGAAAAUCAACAAGAAAAUAUUCAUCAUAAAAUAGAUGAAGAUGAUUUAAUAAAAAAUGAAAUAAAUUCUAAAUAUAAAAAUAAAGUUAAUAACACUCUUGAUCAUUUUCAAAAAAUAAAUAAAAAAAAAAAUCACCACCAUCAAAAUUUAUAUGAUCCUCCUAAUGAUGAAAAUAAAAAUGUAGAUAUUUUAGACAAACAAAAUGUAAAUAUUUUAGACAAUCAAAAUGUAGAUAUUUUAGACAAUCAAAAUGUAAAUGUUUUAGACAAUCAAAAUGUAAAUGUUUUAGACAAUCAAAAUGUAAAUGUUUUAGACAAUCAAAAUGUAAAUGUUUUAGAAAAUCAUAAUAUAUAUCAUAAUAUACAAGAUAAAUCCUUUUCUCAAAAUCAAGAUAAUCAUAAUAUAGGUCAAGUUCCAAAGGAUCAACAAAAUAUUUUAUCAUUCCAAACAGAAGAAUCUGAAAAAUUAAUAGAUAAAGAUAUAUCUAUAUGUGACAAAAAAAAUUUAACACAUAAUAUGAUAUACAUAAAAUAUGAUCAAAUUGAUGAAAAUAUAAAAAAAAAAAAUAUAAAUAAUAAUAAUAUAAGUGAAAGAAAUAUAUACCAAAAUAAUCAAUCAACAAAUCAUCCAAAAGAUUCAGAUAAUUUUUUGUUUAUUCCUUUAAACGAGCUUGUACCUAAAUUAAAUGAUACCAGCAGUAUAUUUUCACUCAUCAAAAUAUAUGAAAUUUUAUUUGAUGUUUUCAAUAAAUAUGAUUAUAUAAUAAUAUAUCUAUUAAAUUAUUAUUUACAAAAAAAUGAUAUAUAUAAAUAUCAAAAGAAUAACCAAAAAAAAUCUGAUCAUCUUCAAAAAACAAAUGUAACAUUAUAUAAUAAAAUAGAUCAAUAUAAUAAGCAUAAUGAGCAAAUAAUAAAUAUGUACACACAUAAACUUACAAAUGAAACUUAUCAAGAAUUAUCAACACACAAAAGGUUAUUACCAAAUUAUAAUAGUAAUAAUGAAAAUAUAUCAAUAGACAAUAAUGGAACAAAUAAUUUGGAUGAAUCUAAUAAUUCAGAACUUUAUAAUAUCCAUAAUAAUCAAUCUAACAGCUUUUAUAUACCAGAUACAUACAAUUCACAUUUAUUAACAUACUUCUUAAAAAUUGAUACAAUGAAUAAUCAAACAUAUGAUCAAAAAUUUACAACUAUUAAAAAUAAAAUCGAAUCAUAUUUAAAAGAAAAAAGUAUAUGUUAUAUUCACUCACAAGAAUAUAUACAUUUUAUAUUACAAAAUGCAUUACAUUUAAUAUAUGUAAAAAAAAAAUUUUUAAAAAAUAUGGAAAAAGUAAUAAAAAUUAUUAUUGAAAAUAUACAUUUUAAUAAUUUCAAUUUUAAUCAUAUAUGUUCAUAUAUUUUUUUGACCAUCAUAUAUUGUUUGCAUUCAUAUUUAUUUAAAUAUAAUUCUUCAAAUGAUCAAAUGUAUUAUUUAAAGGAAAUUCUAAAUAAAAAUAUAAAUAUAAAUUUAUCUGUCAAUCAGAAGGACAAUAUAAAGGUCAAUGAAAAUAUAAAUACAGAUAUACAAACAAAUGAUUAUAAAAAUUAUUGUAAUUCUUUUUAUAACGAACAUAAGAAUGUUUAUUAUGAAGAAAAUAUAAGAACUUCCAUUUUUGAAGAUCACAACUUAUUAAAGAACAUUUUACAAGAUUCUAAUAUUUUUCUAGAAGUAGAAAAGAAAUUAAAAAGAAAUUAUUUUCCAACAUAUUAUUAUUUAAAUAUUAAAACAUUAAAUGAUAUGAUUAAUAGAGAUCAUUGGAUACGUAUACCAAAUAAAAUAAAUAAUAAAAUAUUUAAUAACAAUUUUACUUUUAAUUUUAAUAAUGUAUUAACCUUUUAUAAAAAUGAAUUUCAUGAUUUUUUAAAUGUACCUUUUUCUCCUAACCCUUUGAAAAAUUUUAAUUUUAAAAAUAUAAGACAAUAUGUAUAUUCUGAUGAACAUAUAAAAAAAUGUGAUGAUAUAAAAAAUAUAAAUAUAACAAAUAAAAGUUUUGAUACAUCUAUUUGUGAUGAUAAAUAUGUAAAAAAGGAAGAUUUUUAUUCUUAUAAUAUAUCCUCUUCAAAAGAAGAUACAGAAAAAAAAAAUAUAUAUGAAACAUCUGAUUUCAAUAUUGUAAAUUUUCAAAGUAUUACUUCCAAUUCUAGUAAUUUAUUAACAUGUAUAAUACAAGAUUAUUUUAUUCUUCAAAAUUUAGUUCAUAAUUUAAAAGAAGAUAUAAAUAAAUAUAUAUUCAAAUGUAUUGAUAUGUAUAUAUAUAUUAUAUGUUAUUAUUUUAUGAAAAGAUCUAAUAUACAAGAACUUUUGUUUAAUGUGAAACAAAAUAAGGAUAAAUUAAAUAUAAACAAUAUACUUUUUAUAAUAAAAAAGAAGGAAAAAUAUACAGAAUUGUAUAAAUUUUUACAAUAUUAUAAUGAUGAAAUAAAAAAAAAUGAACAACAUUAUAAUUUCUUAUUUGUAAACAGUAAUAUAAAUACAUCAUUCCAAUCAAAAAGUAAUAUGACACAUAAAGAUAAUAUUAUUAAUGAUAAAAAUUAUGUAUCCACAUAUCCUUUGAGUAACUGUUUUAAAAUAUUUAGUUUUACAUCUUUAUAUGCUCUUUCUGAAAAAAUUAUAUCCCUAGAAUCUCUUUUUUGUCUGUUAAUCAAUAUGAAAGAAGAAAUAAUAAAAAUGAAUGAAAAUGAAACGUACAAGAAUCAAGAUAAAAAUAAACAUAAUAAUAAUAAUAAUAAUAAUAAUAAUAAUAAUAGUAAUAUGCAUGGGCAAAUGUGUGAAGUACAAUAUAAUAACAUUGAUAAUAAUAAUAAUUUGUUAAAACAAAAUAAUCAUUGUAAUAAAGACACUAACGAUGUUGCAUACACAUUUAAAACAUUUCUUGAUAAAAAAUUAAAUAUGAUUAACGAGAUACGUUUAUUAAUUUACUGCGAUUCUUUAUAUAAUAUUAUUGACAGUGAAAAUUAUGUAAAUGAAAUACUAAAAAUUAUUAAUGAAACUUAUUAUAAUAAUAAUAAUAAUAUUAACAGUGUUGAAGAAUAUAAUAAGAAUAAAUAUAAAAAUAAUAAAAUAAACUUAUUUUCAAAUGAUGACUUGAAUAAAAAAACAGAAAUUUUUAAAAAAAAACUAGAUGAAUAUGUAAACCUAUAUAUAAAUAUUUUAAAUGAUAGUAAAAGAAAAUUAAUGUUUUGUUGUGAAGGUAUUUUAUCUAUUGUUAUUCAUUAUUUGUUAUGGAAUUUAAUAAAUUAUAUUUUUAAUAUAAACAAUAUUGAAAUCAUACAAAAUAUAAAAUCUGAUUUUUUUCCAGUUAAAGAAAGUCUCACCAGAAAUGAUAAUAAUAAUAAUAACAAUAAUAAUAAUAAUAAUAAUAAUAAUUAUCAUGAUAAUAUUUUUUCCAUGCCACCUAAAAAUCAUUGUCAUAACCAUUUACAUAAUAAUGAAAAUAUUAUAUCACAAGACAACAAUUUUUAUAAUCAUGAUAAUAAAAACUUAAUAUCCAUUUUAAGAUAUCAAUUUAACAAAAUAUUUAAUUGUAUUAAAAAAAAUAUUAUAAAUCUAGAAAAUGAAAUAGAUGAACAAAUAAAUAAUAAUAUAAAUAUACAUAAUUCUAUAUAUUAUAAGUUUUAUAAAGAUCUAAAAAAUUCAGAAAAUCCAAUGUAUCAAUAUUAUUAUAUUUAUCUAUCUAAAGGAAUCACAUAUUUUGAUCAAUAUAUAGAUUUACAUUUUUAUAAUUUAGAAAAACUAGAGAACUUUCUAAAAAAUUAUAACUCAGAUAUUUAUCAAUAUAAACAUAUACAAUCUAUUAUUUCUAAAUAUAAUACAUACAAAAAAAUUAAACCAGAAUCUUUGGCUGCUCACUUUGAGGCACAUUCCUUAAAAAAAAUUCAAAACUAUUUAAAGCAACAAAAAUUACACAAUACUUAA